CUAGGGCUGCCCUUUGCCUUCUUGUCUCCUCCUCUCCCUCUCCGGGCCCCUUCACCUCAUCCAUUCCUGUCUCAGGCUCUCCAGAUUCCCGGGCUGUUUGCUGCGCCAUCGUCGUCAAUGCCUCUCUGAACAGCCUUUCGCAAGAGUGUGAGAGAAAGAGCGCGCGCCAGGGAGAGGAGAAAAGAAGAUGAGGAUUAUUUGCAGACAGAUUGUCUUGUUGUUUUCUGGAUUUUGGGGACUCGCCAUGGGAGCCUUUCCGAGCAGCGUGCAGAUAGGUGGUCUCUUCAUCCGAAACACAGACCAGGAAUACACGGCUUUUCGAUUAGCAAUUUUCCUUCAUAACACCAGCCCCAAUGCGUCGGAAGCUCCUUUUAAUUUGGUACCUCAUGUGGACAACAUUGAGACAGCCAACAGUUUUGCUGUGACAAAUGCUUUCUGUUCCCAGUACUCGAGAGGAGUUUUUGCGAUUUUCGGACUCUAUGAUAAGAGGUCGGUACAUACCUUGACCUCAUUCUGCAGCGCCUUACACAUCUCCCUCAUCACGCCCAGUUUCCCCACGGAGGGCGAGAGCCAGUUCGUGCUGCAGCUGCGGCCGUCCCUGCGGGGCGCGCUCCUGAGCCUGCUGGACCACUACGAGUGGAACUGCUUCGUCUUCCUGUACGACACGGACCGGGGGUACUCAAUACUUCAAGCUAUUAUGGAAAAAGCAGGACAAAAUGGUUGGCAUGUCAGCGCUAUAUGUGUGGAAAAUUUUAAUGAUGUCAGCUAUAGGCAACUUCUAGAAGAACUUGACAGACGACAAGAGAAGAAAUUUGUAAUAGACUGUGAGAUAGAGAGGCUUCAAAACAUAUUAGAACAGAUUGUGAGCGUUGGGAAGCAUGUAAAAGGCUACCAUUACAUCAUUGCAAACUUGGGUUUCAAGGAUAUUUCUCUUGAGAGAUUUAUACACGGUGGAGCCAAUGUUACGGGAUUCCAGUUGGUCGAUUUUAACACACCUAUGGUAACCAAACUAAUGGAUCGUUGGAAGAAACUAGACCAGAGAGAGUAUCCGGGAUCUGAGACUCCUCCAAAGUACACAUCUGCCCUGACUUAUGAUGGAGUCCUUGUGAUGGCCGAAACGUUCCGCAGUCUUAGAAGACAGAAAAUUGAUAUUUCAAGGAGAGGAAAUGCUGGGGAUUGUCUGGCAAAUCCUGCUGCUCCCUGGGGCCAGGGGAUUGACAUGGAGAGGACGCUCAAACAGGUUCGCAUUCAGGGACUGACAGGGAACGUUCAAUUUGACCACUACGGACGUAGGGUCAAUUACACAAUGGAUGUGUUUGAGCUGAAGAGCACAGGGCCCAGGAAGGUCGGUUACUGGAAUGACAUGGAUAAAUUGGUCUUGAUUCAAGAUGUGCCCACUCUUGGCAAUGACACGGCAGCUAUUGAGAACAGAACGGUGGUUGUAACCACAAUUAUGGAAUCCCCAUAUGUUAUGUACAAGAAAAAUCACGAAAUGUUUGAAGGAAAUGACAAGUAUGAAGGAUACUGUGUAGAUUUGGCAUCUGAAAUUGCUAAACAUAUUGGUAUCAAGUAUAAAAUUGCCAUUGUCCCUGAUGGAAAGUACGGAGCAAGGGAUGCAGACACAAAAAUCUGGAAUGGGAUGGUAGGCGAACUUGUUUAUGGGAAAGCAGAGAUUGCUAUCGCCCCUCUGACUAUCACUUUGGUCCGAGAGGAGGUCAUUGACUUCUCUAAGCCCUUCAUGAGUUUGGGCAUAUCCAUCAUGAUCAAGAAGCCUCAGAAAUCUAAACCAGGAGUGUUUUCCUUCUUGGACCCUCUGGCCUAUGAGAUCUGGAUGUGUAUAGUGUUUGCCUACAUUGGUGUCAGUGUGGUCUUAUUCCUAGUCAGCAGGUUUAGUCCGUAUGAAUGGCACACAGAAGAGCCAGAGGAUGGAAAGGAAGGACCCAGCGACCAACCUCCCAAUGAGUUCGGCAUCUUCAACAGCCUCUGGUUUUCCCUGGGCGCCUUCAUGCAGCAAGGAUGUGACAUUUCACCCAGAUCCCUCUCAGGUCGAAUUGUUGGAGGUGUUUGGUGGUUCUUUACGCUCAUCAUUAUAUCAUCUUACACCGCUAACCUCGCUGCUUUCCUGACGGUUGAACGAAUGGUCUCCCCCAUAGAAAGUGCGGAAGAUCUGGCCAAACAAACAGAAAUUGCCUAUGGAACCCUGGAUUCAGGGUCAACAAAAGAAUUCUUCAGAAGAUCAAAAAUAGCAGUGUACGAAAAGAUGUGGACCUACAUGCGAUCCGCAGAACCGUCAGUGUUCACUCGGACGACCGCAGAGGGAGUAGCUCGGGUCCGAAAAUCCAAAGGCAAAUUCGCCUUCCUCCUGGAGUCCACUAUGAAUGAGUACAUCGAGCAGCGAAAGCCGUGUGACACCAUGAAAGUGGGAGGAAAUCUGGAUUCCAAAGGCUACGGAGUAGCUACACCCAAGGGUUCUUCAUUAAGAACUCCUGUAAACCUUGCCGUUUUGAAACUCAGUGAGGCAGGCGUCUUAGACAAGCUGAAAAACAAGUGGUGGUACGAUAAAGGUGAAUGUGGACCCAAGGACUCUGGAAGCAAGGACAAGACGAGCGCCUUGAGCCUCAGCAACGUAGCAGGCGUCUUCUACAUUCUGGUUGGCGGCUUGGGCUUGGCUAUGCUGGUGGCUUUGAUAGAGUUCUGUUACAAGUCCAGGGCAGAGGCGAAGAGAAUGAAGCUGACCUUUUCUGAAGCCAUAAGAAACAAAGCCAGAUUAUCCAUCACUGGGAGCGUAGGUGAGAACGGCCGUGUUUUGACGCCCGACUGCCCCAAGGCUGUACACACGGGAACUACAAUUAGACAAAGUUCAGGAUUGGCUGUCAUUGCAUCGGACCUACCAUAAAAACCAAAAACAUAAUUGAGUGCCUUAAUCAAACUGUGUUGGUGACCGACGGGAGCGCAGCCCGGGGCGUGCCGAGCAGGUGCCCUGGACCCGGCCUCUGGCCUCCGCGUCCUGAUGCUCCCACUUCCGCAGCAGCAACGCGUGCAUGAGCUCAGCUCGGAAACCCAAACUCAGAUUUUAUAUCAGGAAAACUCACAAUUUAGGUUUUUUCGGGGAGCGGGGUGGGGGGGGCUGGGAUGGGCAUAUUAACAGCAACAAAUCUCACUCGAGUGGACUUAAAAACUAAUCAGACUUGCGAGUUAGCGCAUCCAACUGUGAAGUUCUUGCUCCAAAAGGCCUGUCUUCACCGCAAGGGAUAAACUAGCUAGAGAAGUCAGUGAACACGCUGACGUGGGUCUCCAGAACACCCACGUGGUCCGUGGACGACUCUCCAGCCGAGAAAACGCAUCACGCACCUGUGGUCGGAAAGUAAUCCACACUCAUGUAAAUCCUGUGAAAAAAUUUAAAGGAAGUAUUUACACUUAUUUGGAGAAAACAAAUACUGAAACAUGCUUGCUUUUUAACUGAUGUAAAUCCAGUAGAGGACAACGCAAUCCUUUUUUCUAACCAUCUUAGGGAACAGUACAUUGCAAUAAUUGAUAUAAAUGCCAUCACUGUAAUAAACUUUAGAGACUUUUUUUUUAAUAUAAAAGCCCUUGGUCACCUCCUUGUUGCCGUAACCUCCACUCUGUCCCAUGAGUCAGUGUCCACAGAUCGCGUUUGUCCCACUACCGGAAACACAAACACGAAGACAGUGUUACCGUGAAAUCAUCCGUCCACGAUGUAGAGUCAGAAGAGACUAUGGGUCACUCAUGGUAUCGAUCUUAUUUAUAAUCUCAUUCUGUGUACAAAAUUGUGGUUUUUGUACCCACCAAAAAGAAUAAAACAAUGGACCUUCUUACACUAUCUGCAGAGCUUAAAGUUUGUUUCCUAUCGUGAAUAAAAAUUAUUUGAGAAAUCGUAAGACUAUGUAGGAGGGAUUGUAGAAGUCAAGUGUAGGCCAUAUCGGAACAUGUAGCUAGCUCUUCUUAUUUCCAUAUAGUAAGCUUACCCUCUUUUACGGAUGUUUGCCUUGUGAUCAGGUGAAAUUGUCACAGAUGGCGUGUCUGAAUUGGGGAACGAUCCGUUGUCGUUAACAGCAACAUACCUUGUAAUCGUGUGUUGGAAUUUUACUUGACUGUAUUUUGCUGCAUAAAAUAAUGUCUCUUGGGCUUCUCCCCCCCAUUCCCCUUGUUCCGUUUAAAUUGCUUGAAGGCACGGAUAAUAGCUCAUGGUAGACAAAAAAAAAAAAAAAAGAAGAAGAAGAAGAAUUUGUCCUUGUUUUUUCAACUGGAAAUGGUGAAGAAAAUUAUACCGAUGUUUGUUUCCCAAACCCACCUUAUGUUAUGUAUGGAUAAAAUUAACAUGGUUCAAAGGAAGGUUUGGAUCAUCUGAAAUAAUAAAUGAGUACUAGAGUACAGCUAACCAUCACCCUACGUAGAGAUCUUGUCAGAAAGCACAAGUUAGGAUGAUUUUGGAAGUGUGGCCUUGAAGGACAAGUUCCAUUUCCCCAGGUGGAGAAGGCAUGGAGAGCCUUAGGGGUCCAACGCGGUGCGUGUCCAUAGACUGUCAAAGGCAUGCGUGCCCCUGGAUGGGCGGCAGCGAGCACAGGCUGCGACAUCACACAAGAUAAAGUUGGAGAAGGUGAAGGACCAACUACCUUGCUUCUACUUUGGAGAUAUCCACCCCCUUACCCUGCGAUCUCGCAGUAAGAAACACCACGAAAAGCGCAGGUUUGACGAUACAUUCACAUGCACGGUCCCCUCAGGAAAGUCCCCGGCUCUGAAGUAGAGCAGAUGAGUCCCUCUACGACCUGGUCCCUACUCCUCUCUCCCGGGCGUCUCUCCCCUGACCCAGCCAUCCCCACCCGCUCACCUCCAAAGCAGCACACAGGACACUGCAUUCACUCUUUCCCAGGGCGGUCUCUUUUCCCUGACUGACUUGGAGUCAUCCUUCAGUACCAAAUCGAAUUGCACCUGCCCUAGGAAGGUUUCCAUGAUGACCUGCCAACCGCUGCCUCCGAGACCAAGUUAGGUGCCCUUCUCAUGUUCUCUCCCCAUCACAGCACUUGCCACAUUGUACUUGCCUGUGUACUUGUCUGUAUACUGUCUAGACUGUAAGCUCCUUGAGGGCAGGGACUGUGUCUGUCUCGUUCACAGUUGU